AUGGUUGUCGACUCCUUAGUAUACCACCCAACGUUCUCCAAGCUUAUUACCUUUUUGGAUUCCACUCCAAAGAGAGAAAAGCUGUUCCGUCUCGUGGCCUAUCUCUCCAGAUUCCUCUCCUAUUACCUCCAGAAGAAGGGCUUUUCCCCAGAAACCGUGCGUAUUUUCAAGGACCUCAAGGCUCAUGUCACCAUGAUCAGAAAGGGAAUGCGUUUCCUCAAGCCUUUGAACCACUUGCAAGCCGCCUCCAAGGCCUUUGACAACAAGCUCAUUGACCCAGUGCUCAAGAACACCACCGUGAUCCGUAACCUUGGGUACUUUGGAUACCUCUCGCUCGACUCCAUCACGUGGUUCAAGAUGAUGGGACUUGUCGACAAGAAGAAGUACCCCACCGUGUCUACCUGGGCAUCCAGAUUCUGGCUCUUGGGCCUUGUGGCCGGGGUCAUCAACUCGUUGCGUCUCUUGCUGAUCAACUACUCCAAGUUGAGCUCUCCUUCAGACCUCAACGACGAAAAGGUCGACGUGGAUGCCGUCAACGCCAAGAUCUUCCUGGCCAAGCGUAAGCUUGUCUGGGAUGGCUUGGACAUGUUCAUUGCCUUGAACACCUUGAACUACUUGCACUUUACCGAGGGUGACGUGGGUUUGGCUGGUACCAUCACCUCUAUCAUGGGAUUGAGAGACUUGUGGAGCGCUACCAAAUAG